AUGGCGAAUCGCGACCUCAACUCAUUCGACCCUGCGACAGCCGGCAGAUAUGAUCCCGGCUAUCUCGAGAUAUUUUAUGACAAUCGAACGUACAAGGGUUUCGACGACAAGCUUCCUAUCUGGCAGGACUACUGGCUGCAAGGGCUGUCAAGAUUGAGUCGUCCGUCUCUGUUCUACCCAUCAGACAUCUAUCCUGGCUUCAUCCGAAUCGUCUUCUAUACUCACGACGGCAACCAAGGCCAAAAGGAUUUCCCACUACACAAGGCUGAAGCUGUGAAGGAGAUGUUUGAUUCGCUUUCUACAGAAGGGUUUCGACCCAUGAUCAUAGGGUACUCGAGUGAGAAUCCGUUCCCGGAGCUGGGAGGCAGAGAGCCACCGCCCCCUCCAAAGAAGCAGGAGCCGAAGCGAGCCACGACCUGGAGUAAUUCGGUAGCAGGCCAUUCCGAGAGUAGCACGCCUCACGACCGUAUCAUGUCGAUUAUUCGAGACGACGAUGAGAAGGAGGCCAAGCUGCGACAAAUGCAAGCAGAGUACAUGGAGGAGAAGCUUGGCGGUGCCGUAUGA